CCCUUCUCCCCGCCCUCGCGGGGAUGGCAAUGCGGAAGCGGAAGAGGCUGCAGGGCCGGGAGCCGCUCGCUAGGCCGGUCGGGUCCUGGGGUCCGGGCCCCCCGCCGCGAUGCCGAGCCCCCGCAGGAACGUGGACGCACGCCCGCUGUCCGCCUCCGCCUCGAGCAGCAGCGGCGGCCCCGGCAGCCCGGCCCACGGCGGCGGCGGCGGCGGCGGCGGCGGCAGGUUCGAGUUCCAGUCCCUGCUUAGCAGCCGCGCGCCGGGCUUGGACCCCACCUGCACCCGGCUCCGCGCGUCCGAGAGCCCGGUGCACCGCCGCGGCUCCUUCCCCCUGGCCGGGGCGGGCCCCUCGCAGGCGCCCCCGGCCCCGCUCCCCGAGGAGGACCGCAUGGACCUGAACCCGUCGUUCUUGGGCAUCGCCCUGCGCUCCCUGCUGGCCAUCGACCUGUGGCUGUCCAAGAAGCUGGGAGUGUGCGCCGGGGAGAGCUCGUCCUGGGGUAGCAUGCGGCCCCUUAUGAAGCUGCUGGAGAUCUCGGGCCACGGCAUCCCCUGGCUGCUGGGGACCCUCUACUGCCUAUCCAGGAGCGACAGCUGGGCCGGGCGCGAGGUGCUCAUGAACCUGCUCUUUGCCCUGUUGUUGGACCUGCUGCUGGUGGCCCUGAUCAAGGGGCUGGUCCGCAGGCGCCGCCCGGCCCACAACCAGAUGGACAUGUUUGUCACCCUUUCGGUAGACAAAUACUCCUUCCCCUCGGGCCACGCCACCAGGGCCGCCCUGGUGUCCCGGUUCAUCCUGAACCACUUGGUGCUGGCCAUUCCGCUGAGGGUGCUCGUGGUACUAUGGGCCUUCAUCUUGGGCCUCUCCAGGGUCAUGCUGGGGCGGCACAACGUCACCGACGUGGCUUUUGGCUUUUUUCUGGGCUACACGCAGUACAGCAUCGUGGACUAUUGCUGGCUUUCACCGCACAAUGCCCCGGUCCUCUUCCUACUGUGGAACCAACAAUGACACCAUCUCAUUCAUAUGGCACCAGGAGAUCUGAAGGUUUCCACAUGCGACCAUGCUGACAAAAACCAGCCGCACUCCUGCUCGGCCCUCUAAGGACAUUUCAGGCUUCCUUUGAAAUUUCAGGUGUCAUUCCAUCUUGAUGGCUUGCUAGGCCGGAGAACGUGCUGGCCAUUGGACCACAACCAUAUUAUGGAAAGCAAAAAAAAAAAAAAAAAAUCUCUCUAUUACAUAUUUAUUCAACAACUGUUUGUAUCUCCAGAACAACUGCAAAGAAAACAAGCUGGGGUGAUUAUAAUACUGCUGUUUUUUAAAAGUUGACAUCAGUAAAUUUUGUGUUUUGUAGUUAUCCUGUAAGCCAACAUAUCUCCUGUAAAGUGAACUUGGGGGACAAAAGCAAAACAUGGUCUGCAUUCUGUAAAUGUACAUGCAGAUGAGCCACCAAUUAAGCCUGGUUCUUCUCCUGAGGUAGAUUGUAGACAGUAGUUUAAGAGUCUAAGGCAUGAGUUUUUCUCACUGAUUCCCUGAAAAUCUGUUGCCACAGUGUCUUCUUAAUCCCGAUUUUCUUGAUAAGCUUUUUUUGUUUAUUGUCUCUUCCCUCUUUGUGGAUUGGGUAGUGAGAAGAGAGAUUAUAGUAUAUAUCUUUCUUUCCUUUCCCUCUACCUUCUCAAAAAUUCUUUAAAUAGAUAUAUAUCUCCCAGUACUCUCUCAUGUUAUCUUUUUGCAUUCAGAGAACAAGCCAAGAACUUCCUUGAAGAAGCAGCACUUAAUGUAGAUAUGGGCAUAUCUACAGUGCCAGUGGAGAAAGACUGGGACCAUGACCAAAUGCUUGAUUCUAUUGACAACAAAUAGCAUGGCAUGACAGAGGGCAGAAAUACCCAUUGAGGACGUCAGGAACUAAGAGUCUGGGGAACUGCAUGUCUGAUGAAAGCACAGCACUUGUCACUUGUACGGAGGCUGACAGAUCUUCCAUGGCCGUAACCCGUCGGCAUUUCGCUUAUACUCAUGGCCAGAGACGCCCCUACAGCUGACAGGCAAAGCUGUAUGACAGUCUGUCACCAACUACAGAUGGAAGGAUUGGAAAAUAUAAGCUGAAUUAAAAGAAAUGCCUGAUCCCAAACAGGAACAAUGCAGUCACUCUGCCACAAGCACCUCACUUGAGCAGGAUUCAGUGGACAAUUAUAAAACAAGUGUUGGUUGAUUUACUUCCCUUUUGGAAUUAGCAAGCCAGAGCCAUCUCUAGGGGAAAUACCUUAGAAUAUAUUCAAUUGGUUCAUAGAGGUGGCAAAUUAUCAGGAAGUCAUUGGGCUUUAUGGAAUUAAACUCUUCCCUUGUUAUUUAAAGGAGGGUGUUGUUGUUUGUUUUUUUUUUUAAUUAUUUCACAAAUCUUUAUCCUGGAAAAAAAUAAAAUUCUUCUUGGACUUAA